GAAUAACCACGGUGCUGACGAUGACCACCCUCAGCAGCAUGGCCAGGGUGUCCCUCCCCAGAGUUUCCUACAUCACCGCCAUGGACCUCUUCGUCACCGUCUGCUUCCUGUUCGUCUUCGCCGCGCUGAUGGAGUACGCGACGCUGAAUUACUAUUCGAACAGCGUUAAGAAACCACGCUGCAGGGAACCUAGAAGAACAAACUACUCGGUGCUGGAUGUGAGGCCGCCACACACCGUCAUCGCGUUAAACAACUCCCUGUACUGGCAGGACUUCGAGGACGCCUGUGUCUACGAGUGUCUGGACGGGAAAGACUGCCAGAGCUUCUUCUGCUGCCUGGAGGAGUGUAAAGAAGGAGGGUGGAGGAGAGGACGCGUCCACAUAGAUCUACUCGAACUGGACGCAUACUCACGUGUCUUUUUUCCCACCUCCUUCUUGCUGUUCAACAUCGUUUACUGGGUUGGCUAUCUCUACCUUUAGCCCACAGCGGGGUCACAACACAAGGAGUUCAACGCAGGAGAUUCAAGGUUAAUAAAAAGGUAACAUCAAAUAAGUGCUACCUGAAGCAGCUACCUGGAGGUAAAAGAUAACGUGUGCGUCUUCAGGCCAGAGCCUCGCAGUGAUUUCUGACUUCAGGUGCGAUAAUACGGCACAUUACUGAAUCCAUUCAAUAUGCAGAACACAGACGGAGAACAGGAUGGACUGUGUGCGAAUGUGAAGAAAAAGAAGCUACUCCAAACUUCUCAAUCAGGAUGAUGACUCGUCUUGUAGGGAACGUUAUUAUCCAGCCAUCAUUCAAAUUCAGUUGAUGAAAAUCCAAGGACGUUCAGACCAUUCAUAGUGCCUUCCUCCGGAGGGGUAGAUACUAUCUGCUACAAUAAUCAGGGAGUA